UCAAGUGAGUUAUGCAACCAACAAUAUAAUUGGUGAUAAACAAAACAGCAGAAAUGGAUUUUCGAAUUUUAGAAAAAACGAAUUUAUGCAGAACUUGCUUAAGUGAAAGCCUUAAAAUGACUUUUCUGUAUGAGAAGACCCCAAACCAGCCCUCAGUUGCAGAAAAAAUUACACUUUUGACUAAUAUUUCGCUUGUCGAGCAAAAUGCCUUGCCUUCAAACAUUUGUGACGCAUGUUUAAUAAACUUAAACGCAGCAUUUGAUUUCCGAAAAAAAUGUGAACAAAGUGAAGACACCAUUAAAAAAAUACUUAUAGAAAAAAAUGAGCGUGAAAUAAGUACCAAAAAUGUGGAAAACGCAAAUGAUACAUGUCUUCAAAUUAACGAAAAACCCUUUUUAUGUGAUUUCUGUGGCAAAUGUUUUCCCAGAUCUGAUGAAUUAUUAUGCCAUCUCAGGAUCCAUACUGAAGACCGUCCUUUUAAAUGCAAAUUUUGCCCGAAGUCGUUCAGGCAGAAAUUUCAUUUGUUAGAACACGAAAGAUCGCAUGAAAACGCCCGCGAAUUUACUUGUGAUGACUGUGGUAAAACUUUCGCAAGAUAUGGCGUCUUGCGCGUCCACAAACGAACACAUUCAGGGGCAAAGCCCUACAAAUGUAAAAUCUGCGAUAAGAAUUUUGUCGGUUCAGACACCUUAGCCCGUCAUUUGCGAGUCCACAAUGGAGAAAAACCGUACAAAUGCAAAGAUUGCGGACGCAAAUUCUCACAAAAAGAGCACUUGAAAACUCAUCUAAUGACACACACGGGGACUCGGCCUUAUGUGUGUGACACCUGUCCAAAAACUUUCACACAAAAACACGCUUUAAAGGCCCAUCUACUGAGUCACUCGGGGGAAAAACCGUUUCUUUGUGCCAUUUGUGGAAAAUUAUUUGUUCGGUUGGACGAUUUGAAAAAACACGACCGAGUUCACAGCCAGGAAAGACCCUACUCGUGUGAUUUAUGUCCUAAAAGGUUUAUUCAAUCUAUUCAUUUAAUAGAACACACGAGGUCACACGUUGGAGAUGAAGUGUUUUCAUGCAGUUUUUGUGAUAAACGUUUCAUUCGAAAUGGGUCACUUAAGGCGCAUUUAAGAACACAUAUGAAAGAUUAUGUUAGUUGUAGUCUACAAUGUGACCAAAAAAUCUUGCGGAGUUCCGUGAAAAGGCACAUGUUGGUACACACCGGGGAAAGACCAUUUAAGUGCUCGUUAUGUGUCAAGAGUUUCACACAAUCCGGGCAUUUAAAAGCCCAUAUGAGAACCCACACCGGUGACAAACCAUACAUUUGUCAAGUCUGUGGUAAAAAUUUUCCUGUCCAUUCUCGUUUGACGGUUCACAUGAGGAGCCACACAGGGGAAAAACCGUACAUUUGUAUAAUCUGUGGCAAAGGUUGCGCAACUUCGACGAUGCUCAAAGUACACGUUAGAACUCACACGGGGGAAACCCCCUAUCAGUGUCAAUCAUGUCCUAAGUCGUUCUCAAGGUCGGAUCUUUUAAACUUACAUAGAAAAAAUUCCAGUCAUUGAAAACCGUUUAUUCUAUUUCUGUUACGCCAAAAACACCCUGCAGUAACUUUGCUCCUAGAUUUUGGGGGUAGUGCUCCUUAUCCGCAACGUAGACGUAAGGUAGACGCAUGACCCAAUAGGCCGAUUGGGUGAGUUUGGUCGGCCUUUCGACCGUACUGAUGAAAAUGGGGGCGCCGGGGGCGGGUUGAACCUUAAACAUCUAUUUUAUUCCCUUUCAAAGUCAAAUUAUAAAUUACCUUCGGGUCUAAAGUGCAAUGCACUGGUGCUUUAGGAGUAACAACAUGUAGUCGCAUCAGUUGUGCCAACUUAUUAGCCCGACACAUGCACGGGUAGUACAAGGGCAUAUCCGACUCUGCUAUUUUAUGUCCAGUGUCCUUAACAAUACUCCCCGGAGUGGCCUUGAGAAUCUUAUCCGGCGCUGCCAACAUAAAUCUAUGCCCCGACGAACACUCAUACUCCACUCCAAUGAAAACCUUAACCGAAAAUUGGGGCGAAGCCCCAGUGGGACGUCCUCUACGCCCCCUGGCCGGGUAUUUACUAACCCAAUUCAUUUUCGCUUUGCUAUACACAGUCACAUCCCAAGGAAGUAGAUAAUUAGUAGAGUUCAAAAAUCCGGGGUGGUGAGACUCCGACAGCCCCAAAUUGUGGCUGUAAAGCGAAGAGGGCCCGAGACAGACGAGACUCCAACUGGAGUAAACCGGAAGGAGUCCUGGAGGUGAACUGAGGGUUAGCAUUCCCGGCAAAUACUCAGUCGUGCUCGGCUGACGCACUAACCCCCUUUCGUUUUCGGGAGUUAGUUCAUUCGAGCGAUCUGAUAGGACCGAAAGGGCCUCUUCAGUUUCUUUCAAAGUCGCAGCUUUAUAUUCUUUGAUUGAAGGUUGGAAAACGGGAAAUGAAAUUCGCUCGAGUUUCGAGCAAAUGCAUUCGCGACUGAUCUGUUGGUAGAAAAGGUGAUUUGCUUGUUUGGCAUUGUAGGGGUCCUCACGGGGGCCGAUUUUUCGACCACAGUCACAAACAGCUAAAAACCAUAUUUGAAUUCCCUCCAAAAACAGCUCUACCAACCUUUAUAAAUAAACCCGCUCAUGUGCUCCUGAUCCGCCUGAUGUUUGGGCAAUUUGCACGGGUUUCCGGUCAUGGAAGCCGCCUCGCACUGCUGUCUCCCAUUCUCCCAAUGUGCCUUACAAUCUGCUUUUAAUUUAGUGACGUAUUGUUGAAACACGGGACCUCUAGCUUGAGCAUUAAAGAGUGCUAGAGCCAUACUGAGGCGUCUGUCGUGCUCUGAGUGAGCGUAAUGUGGUGGUAAAUUUUCCUGGUACCGGGCUAGAGCUAAAGGUAAGACUUUGAGACACCUCUGUUCCGAAAAUCUGGUGUCGGUGCACAAUGACGAGAUUAAACCUUUUUUCAUUAUCACUUCGUAUAUGGCCUUUGUGCUUUCAAGCCAGUGUUUCAGUAUCGGCAACUGUAACAAAAUUAAUUCUAAUUUUUGUUGAAACUUUUGAGGAAAAUACCUCAAAAUGGGCCGGUUGUGAUAAUUGAUGUCGGCUGGAGCUUCCCGUGUCGUUAAAGCCCUUAGUCCGGGCCUGUUUGAUGUGUACUUGUAAGAAUUUCAAAAAAUGGCGUUCGGAAUAUGGCUGACUGCAAAACGGUGGUUGCACUUGCAUGGCGCCGCCAGGUUGGCAAUCCUGAAUUAGACCUCUGACGGCUUCCCCUAACCGAUCAGUAUUUGGCGCUUCCGUCGAUAUAUAAACGAAUUCCUCAUUCAUCGGAAUUGCAAAAAGUGACGACCUUUAAUUAGCAAUAACUAAAAUAUGAAAUAAAAAUGGACUAAAUUACCCAUAAGUUGAAAUAAUCCGCGUCUUUUUCAAAAUGUGAUAAAUGCGAUCUUCGAGGUUGUGUUCAACCUUUUUAAUAUUGUAGGAACCUUUAGGGCACUGCUCGAAAUAGAAUAUAACACGUGGGGUACAAAAUCGGCCAUUUGAAACCCAGUCUGGGCUUAAACCUUCAACGUUUUUUAAAACUUCACUUAUUUUGUUGAGUUUUUUUUGACUAAAAUUAUUAUGUAGUCUUUUCGCUCCAAUUAUUUUUUGUUUUACCUUAAAGCAUCCACAGCCUUGAAAUACUGAAUCCAAUUUGUAUCAAAAGUCCAUCCAGGGUGUGACAAAAUCAUUAUGUGACUCACAUGAAACAAAAGUAAAAGCGCGCGAGCAAAACUGCUUUUAAUUUCGUCGUUAACCACAAGUAAAUCGUCGCAUUUUCGUUCAUUGUUGCAUCGCUCGACGAGACUUGCGUAAUGUUUAAUUAAUAAAUCUGUAUCUAAAAGACUGUGUAAGUGGAGAUAAAUGAUUUGGUUUUCCUCAUCAU